AUGAAUAUGGCGCUCUGCUCGAGCCCCGAGGUGAACUUGACGUUCCCAGAGCCUGGGGUUGAAACCAAGCCUGAUCCUGUAUUGAGGCGCAUUGCGAGCGAUGCGGUUGUUGGUCUUCGAGUCCAAUCCCAUUUGCGCCGGUCGUCGGGUGUCCCUUCGUUGCCGUCUACUUCUUCUUCUUCCUCUUCUUGUGUUCCGAGAGGUCUGCCUCCCCCACCUCGUCCCCACCGCCGCCGACCUCCCCCGGUAUACGUCUCGACCGGACCAUCGCUGGCACUUGUCGAACAGACUUACUCCCCAUUCUGUGCUCCCAAGACUCCUACUCAACCCAGAGCAUCAUCCGUCCCUCCGUCCGCGGUCUCGUCCUCCUUCUGGGGCCACACAACUCCCAAAUCGGGAUCAAAAUCACUGCGCAGCGCACGUUCGUACGCAUCCCACGUCGGAUCCAUAUCCUCCUCUGCGACAUCAGACGAGGACGACUUGGACUUGGAAUUGGACCUCGACGGACUCGAAGCUGAUUUCAACGAAUACGAUUUCGAUGAGGAAGAAGGUGCUGCCACCGCCGGCAGGUCCCCGCUCGGCCAGACGUACUUUGCCUCGAACCCUCGACGGUCACGAGAGACUCCGACGGCGGUUCGUCAUCCGUUGAGAGUGCAGGUGUCGAUCGAGCGAGUCGCGUUCCGGGACAACUCGCCCAAGACCCGGCAGUUUAGUCAGCGAUGGAGCUCGGAGGACGAAGGUGGAUCUGGGAUGGGUGUGACUUGCGGAUGGGAAGACGGGAUCAAGAGCCGAGCGUCGGUGUCGGUUGCGGUUGCGGGCGAACAGGAAUCUCGACCGCGUCAAAAGGGUCCCUUGCCAAAACACUCGGUCGUUGGUUGA